AUGUCUACAGUCGCCAAGGCUGGUCAGGGUGUGAAGUUAACGGUGCAUUGGCUGAACGAGUCUCGCGGCCAACGCAUUGUGUGGUUGCUUGAGGAGCUGAACCUCGAUUAUGAUAUCAAGGUCUACUUUAGGCAGAAGGACAAGCAUUCACCUCCGGAACUGAAGCAGGUUCAUCCCCUGGGCAAGUCGCCAUUGAUUUCCAUUGUGGCCCCGGGCCUUGAGAAGCCAUUAGUCCUAGCGGAGUCUGCCGCAAUCGUCGAAUAUGUUUCCGACCACUUCGGCCAGCAGCUUAUCCCAAAGCGUUAUCCGAACGGAAACGAUGGGUUGAUCGGCGCGGAAACAAAAGAGUGGUUACGAUUCCGUUUCUUGAUGCAUUAUGCCGAAGGCUCCCUCAUGCCUGUUCUCCUCACCGGGCUUCUCACGCACAACAUACGCGAGGCUCCCGUACCGUUCUUCCUCAAAUUCAUCACCAAGAAAAUCGCAGACAUGAUCGACAACAAUUUCACACUCGCGGAGCUAAAGCUGAACCUGAGCUAUCUGGAGGCUCUUCUGGCAGAGUCUCCAGAUGAUGAGUUCUUGUGCGGCGCCAAUCUUACGGGAGCUGACUUUAUGAUGAUCUUUGUUCUAGAAGCAGCAGUAUUGUUCAAAGCGCUGAACGAGACGAGCUAUCCAAAAUUGUAUAGCUACGUCCGCCGCAUACAGAGCAGGGAUGCCUACAAACGGGCGGGCGAUAAGGUCUCGGAGGCGAGUGGCGUGAAGUACGUGCCAUUCUCAGAAAAAAAGCUGUAG